AACAUCUCUCUGCUUCCACGGCACAUUCCCACUGUAUCUCUCGCUUCCUUCUUCUUCCUCCUUCUUUCCUUCGUCUUCUCCAGAGUGAAGAAGAAGCCAUUAACAAAAACACCAAAUCAAAGCUUCAGAGUGCUUUCCAAGCAAACCCUAACCCUAAAACUCUUAACUUCCAUUUCUUCAUUUCUUCAUUUCUUCAUUUCUUCAAAAACAAAAUUCCCAAUUCCCUUCUUCUCCAAUGGACAGAACUACUCCUGUUCGGAAGCCUCACACCUCCACUGCAGAUCUCCUCACAUGGCCUGAACUUCCUCCCGCCGAUUCUCCUGCCCUCCCUUCUUCUGCUUCUCGCUCUGCUCCCAGGUCUCAUCAGCCCUCCGAUGGGAUUAGUAAAGUCGUCUUUGGAGGCCAGGUCACGGAUGAGGAGGUCGAGAGCUUGAACAAAAGGAAGCCCUGUUCUGGAUAUAAAAUGAAGGAGAUGACUGGCAGUGGAAUUUUUGUUGCUAAUGAAGGAGAUGAAGAGCUAGAAUCUGGAAGCGCCAACCCUUCACAGAAUAAAACAGGAAUACGUAUGUACCAGCAAACAUUGACUGGAAUUAGUCAUAUUUCAUUUGGUGAAGAAGGUAGUGUUUCUCCUAAAAAGCCUACUAGUGUACCUGAGGUUGCAAAGCAGCGCGAGUUGAGUGGCAACUUAGAAAGCGAUGCCGAUGCAAAGUUGAAGAAGCAGCUCUCUGAUGCCAAAUGCAAGGAGCUUAGUGGACAUGACAUAUUCGCUCCUCCUCCUGAGAUUUUGCCUCGACCAACAACUGCUCGGACUUUGGAUCUAAAAGGAAGCAUAGAGAUUGGGGAGCCUGAUAAUAGAAAUGUGAUCCCCGGAGAAGAACCUUCAAUAAAGACAGCGAAGAAGAUUUAUGACAAGAAGUUUUCUGAGUUAUCAGGAAACGAUAUCUUCAAAGGCGAUGUUCCUCCAUCAUCUGCAGAGAAACCGUUGAGUGUUGCAAAGUUGCGAGAGAUGAGUGGCAACGACAUAUUUGCAGACGGGAAGGUAGAGACCCGAGACUACUUAGGCGGGGUACGCAAACCUCCGGGUGGGGAGAGCAGCAUUGCCUUGGUUUAAAUCAUCUAGGUUUCUAACAAAACUCAAUACUUUCACUUGGUGGUGGGUGGGGGGGAUGAUAUGCAUAUGGUGUUAUGGAAAUUGUCAUCUGGUUUGGGUAAAAUUAUGUUGUUAGGUUUUUAACUUUGGUUAGUCAACAGCUGUGGAGUCUGCUAAUUGGGGUUGUAUUCCAUAAUGUUUUUUUUGUACUUGGUUGUGUUGUGUGUCUGUGUAGUUCAGUUUUUAUUUUGGUUGUCUUCUGCCAAUUUUACUUCCAUCACUUGGGGUUUUCAUUUAUUUAUCAUUAUAUUGAUUAAUUGAUUUGGUUAUGAUGCUGAAAGCUGAAACUAUAUGCUCAUUUCCAUUCUUAA